GGAGGGAAGCGCUGCGUUCGGUCACCGUGUGUUCGGUCACCGUGGUGUGACCCGGCUCCGUGUCAGUCUGGCGGCCGCGCCCAAUUUUAGCUUCCCGGCAGCGCAGCAUCCCUUGGGCGUUUUUCCUUCUCCUUCUCCUUUCCACCCGCCCUGUCCCGCUGUUCGGUACCCGCCGUGCGCAGCCCGACCGGACCCCCUUGUUCUCGCAGAACUGCUCUGAAAAUGGGAGUCCCUGCCUUGUUUUUCCUCCAAAGCCGUGCCCUUAAUUUGCCUUGGAGAUUCAGCAGAUUCUGCUUGCUCACGGUGAUGCUCCGCUUGCUGCUCAAAUUUCUUUGUCUUGGUUUUACUCUUGGCAAUGUGGUUGGGAUGUAUAUUGCUCAGAACUAUGAUAUUCCUAACAUUGCGAAGAAGCUUGAAGAUUUUAAGAAGGAUGUGGAGGCUAAGAAGAAACCUCCCAGUGACAAGUCCUGAAAGAGCAGUGUUCCCCAGGUCACCUCUGUGUGUGCAUCAAGGAUGCAAUUUAUCUUUCAGGCAACAAGGGUCAAGUAGAGGGUUGGCAUGGGAGGUUCCUCCACUCUUAGUCUCCUAGAACUGGAAUGUCCUUCUUUUGAGAGAGCAACCGUGAACUUUACCUGGGACUGAUUUUCAAGGGUUUCAGAAUUUCAAUUUGCAGCUGAUGUGUGACUGGAUAAGUUUGUAUUUUUCAUUAUUUCUUUUCCUAAUAUUUUGUAACCCAUUUUUACCUGAUCCAACUGGAGUUGUUAGCCCUGUUACUAUGUGUACCUCACACUUUGUAGUGCCCUAGUCCUUAGAACUUCACAAAAGAAAUUAAAUGCAUCAAGAAGGAA